GCGGAGGAACCCGGAAGUGCCUUGGAAGAGGCGGCAGGAUGCCCUCCUGAGCCUCUGCCUAGAAGGACAGUCACAAACAUGUUUCUGGCUCGAGUUACCUCUCAACUAACUAGGGCCAUGCCCUGGGCAGGCCAGUGCUUGUCAAGGCGGGGCCCUGUGGUGUCCCCUCAAGUCUUUGUGGCUGAGCGGUACUGUUACAGCACCUGGCCAGCGGGCAGGAAUGGGCCGGCUCCUCAGCCCCCAGCACGGAGAAGGGAUCCAGAGCUAGAGGAGAUGCUGGUUCCCAGGAAGAUGUCCAUCAGCCCCUUGGAAAGUUGGCUCACUGUUCGAUACUUGCUCCCUAAGCCUGAGGCCUCCCUCCCUGGCCCUGCACGUGGGAUGGUGAGCCCGGCCUUGUCUUACAACUGUCCCCCAAGUGAGGCCAAGGCUGAGGAGGAGCUAAGGGAAGGAGCUUCCCAGCAGGCCCCCAAGGUGCACUGCAAGAAUGUGCUGAAAAUCCGCCGCCGCAAGAUGAACCACCAUAAAUACCGCAAGCUGGUGAAGAGGACCCGCUUCUUAAGGCGGAAGGUCCGAGAAGGGAGAAAGAAGCGGAAACAGAUCAGAUUUGAGAGGGACCUGAAGCGUUUGUGGAAGAAAGCGGGCUUGAAGCAGGCCCCUGAGGGCUGGCAGCCCCCCAAGAUCUAUGUGAAGGGCAUGUGAACCCCUCCCCUGAGUGCCGUUUGCUGCAGCAUUUUAAUAAAUGUUAUAGAAUCAGCCUCCCACAAGCCCA